AUGCUCUUGUGGUUAGGUCUUGUUGUGUUUAUUAAUGCUGAGAUGAGAACCCUUGAUAGACAACGAGAAGUGUUAACAAUGGGUGAAGAAGAUUCAAAGGCAACCGUUGAGCCAACAGCAACAGAGACAGCUUCUCUUGAAAAGACAUCAGAGGCUGUGGCAGGAAAAAAGGAGGAUGUGAAUACUGGAGGUAAGGAGACACAAGAAGUUAAGAAAGAUGAGGAGGAGAAGGCUGAACCAGAGAAAAUGGAGAUAGAUGGUGAGACCAAAGAUGAGGAUCAGUCAAAGAUGGAUGUAGAUGCAGAAGGAAAGAAAGAGCAGACUGCUGAAGGUGUUUCUAGAGGUGAUACGGUGGAAGAUACUGUAAUGAAGGAAACCAAUGGCAAAGAUGAUAAUAAGGAAGAGACUCAAGCGGAAAAUGUUACUGAAGCUGACCACAAGAAAGAUGGGAAAGAAUCAGAGAAGGGUGUAAAAGAUGAAGGUGGAAAAGCUAAUGGAACAGAAGAUGGGAAGACAGAUGACAUCAAAGAGGAAGAGAAGCUGGUAGGUGGAGACAAAGGGACUGAAAAGAUUGAAAAUGUUGAGACUGUGGAUGAAAAGAAAAAGGAGGAAAAUGCAAAGGAGCAGAACGAGGAGGAUUUGGUUGAAGAAGAGGAAGAUAAGGAAGAAGAUGAAAAAAGUAAGGAUGAGAAUGAUAAUGAAAAAGUGGAGAGCGAACAAGCAAAGGAAGAUGAGAAAGAAGAGAGAUCUGAUAAGGAAGAUGAAAAAACUGAGAGCGGUGAUGAUAAGGAAGAAGAGAAAAAAGAGAGCAAGGGUUCUAAAAAGCGUGGCAAGGGAGAGAAAAAGGAUGCAGGAGAACCGAAGAUAUUUUUCUCUGAUCGCCCUGUGCGUGAAAGAAAAUCUGUUGAGAGGCUUGUCGCUGUGAUUGAUACAGAUUCUUCCAAAGAAUUCCAUAUUGAAAAGGGGCAAGGUGCAUAUCUCAAAGAUAUUCCCAACGUUGCUUACAAGGUAACGAGGAAGAAGUCGGAAGAAACUUUACGGUUGUUGCACACAAUUCUAUUUGCGAGGAGAGGGAAGGCUGCUGAGAUCAAGACAAACAUAUUAGGCUUCUCAGGCUUUGUUUGGCAUGGAAAUAAGGAAAAGGCAGAAGAAAAAAUAAAAGAAAAGCUUGACAAAUGUAACAAAGAAAAACUGUGGGAGUUUUGCGAUUUGUUUGACAUACAUAUUACCAAGGCUACAACAAAGAAGGAAGAUAUUAUUACAAAGCUGAUUGAGUUUUUGAAGAAACCUCAUGUGAAAAGUGACGUUCCAGCUAAUGAGAAAGAUAAGUCAAGCAAGGGAGCAAAACGCAAGAGAACUCCAAAGCAAAGCUCACCUGCAGCUGGGAGUUCAUCCUCUAAACGAUCAGCAAAGAGCCAAAGAAAGUCUGAAGAAGGAAAAAAGGCUGUCAAGAAGAAUUUAUCUUACUCUGACGAUGAGGCUGAAGAGGAUAAGGAAGCAGAAGAAGAGGAAGAGGAGACUGCAGAAGAGGAAGAGAAUGCAAAUGGUGAGGAUGAGGUACCUCAGCCUUCUGAAAGCGAGGAGGAAUCUGAGGAGCAUUCUGAGGAAGAAACUACAAAGAAGAAGCGUGGUUCUAAAUUGUCAGCUGGGAAGAAAGAAUCAGCAGGGAGAGCUGCCAGAAACAAGAAAACGCAAGUCGCAGCAAAAUCCAGUCCACCUAAGAAAGUGACACAGAAGCGAUCAUCAGCAAAACGAAAGAAGACAGAUGAUGAUGAUGAGGACAGUGAUUCCAGUCCAAAGACGUCCUCUAAGAGGAAGAAGUCUGAAAAAGUUACCAAGGCCCCAGCAGCCCCUCCAAAGUCUGUAUCAAAGGAGAAACCAGAAGUGAAAAGUGCUGGAAAAGGGAAAGACAAAACCAAAGGGCCAAGCGAUGAAGUAUUGAAAAAUGCAAUCGUUGAGAUCUUGAAAAGGGUAGACUUUAAUACGGUGAGUUUGACUCUCUUAAUCUUUACUAAGGAGUUCAAAGAAGAUCUCACUCCAAGAAAGUCAUCUAUAAAGCGGAUGAUCCAAAGCGAGCUCACCAAAUUAGCAGAAGCGGCAGAUGAAGCAGAGGAAGAGGAGGAGAAGAAGAAAGAAGGGGUUGUAGAGAAGGAGAAAGCAGGAGGGUCUGCUGGUGGUGAGGAGGUGAAAGCCUAG